AUGACGGACCGUGAAGUAGAAGAACACGUCAGUAAAUGGGUGUUUGGGUUAAGUGGCCCAGGCGAACCCGUUCCGAUGGACAAUGAGGCUGAAAAUCAGUCCCCAAAACGGAAGAAAAGAGAGAAGCCCGUCCCCAAAGAACCAGGUCAAAUGCUACCUAAGGCACGUCCAGUGUCUGACACCAUCGUGAUGGCGUAUAACGAUGACAAAUCCCCGAAAUCACCAGUUGUGAACAAGGGAGAAUCAUCCGUGUCACGGACCCGAGUUACUGCCACAGAGUUUGACCUAAGAGAUUUUCAGACGACCCCUAUCAUUGAUCAAGGUUUAGACACCUACGAUGGACCAAAAAAGUCUGCAGUGGGUCGCCAAAAGCGUCCAUCAUUCCUGAAAUCAUCAUGGGGAAAGGAAGUUUUAGCGGACUACGUCACAACAAACAUCUACCAGUCAGAAUGUAGUUAUUAUAUCAAGAAUCCUUUGUCAAAAUCAGCGAGCUGUAAGUGUGGGCGGACUUUUGAGUGGCAUAGAAUCCGAGGGCGGGUGUUCCACGAGGACAACGACAAUGAACGCUGGGAUCCCCGAAGUCACACGGAGAGGACACCUUGUGAUUCCUUUGGGGAGAUCUGCUUCCAGGGAUUUGGAAACGAGACCAACAAUUCUCCGUAUUUGAGGUUGGAUUCGGGUACCGAUCUUGACAAGGUGUGGACUGUGCUGACAGAGUGUUGGUGUCUACCUUACCCUACUCUGAUCAUCUCUGUGACUGGCUGCUCUGGAAACCUUAACCUAAAACCUCGUCUAAAAACAGUAUUUAAACAAGGACUGGUCAACGCUGUAGCUAGUACAGGUGCCUGGUUGCUGACUGGAGGAACUCACACAGGAGUGAUACAGCUAGUUGGUCAGGCAGUUCAUGAGUAUCGGAUGACGGCCACCUCCUCCGAGCAGGAGGACAUUGUAGCUUUGGGAAUCACCGCCUGGGGAUCUGUAGCUAACAAACAAGCACUAGAAGGAGAUGGGGACAAAGGCCUGUUUCCGGCCAACUACUCGAUCGACGCUCUGACGGACUCAAAAAGAACCGCCCCUCUGGAUCAUAAUCACACCCACUUUCUGCUAGUCGAUGACGGGACAGAGAAACACCAGGGCAGAGAAGGGGAGUUUCGCGCAUGCCUGGAAGGCUACGUUAGUGGUCGUGUGGAGACGGGAAUCGCUGCGGAACACAGUGUGAACGUGCCGGCAGUGUUACUGGUGGUCGGAGGCGAGCAAGAUACCCUGAAGGCCGUCCUCGAGUCUAUCCGGCGUCGUACCCCUGUCGUCGUCAUACAAGGCACCGGAAAAGCCGCCGAUAUUCUCGCGGGAGCCUAUAAACUGUCCAGAAAUCCCAUGAAUGAAGACACCAGCGCCUUUCCCGCAGGUUUCCUUGCGACUUGUAUGCGUCGCAUUCAAUCGGAGUUCCACUGGCCUGAUGACGGUAUGGCUGUCUACAGAGAUGCCAAAGAAUGUAUGAAGGUUUUGAUGGAAAUACUACGCUACAGACCAAUGGUUAACGUCUUUGAGCUAGAUGACGCAGCAGUCACGAACGUCGACAAGUGUAUUCUCUACGCUUUGCUCAAAGCAAACAAGACCCGUCCAGAAACCCAACUAGCAUUAUCACUGGCCUGGAACAGAUGUGACGUCGCCAGAGAACAAAUAUUUACUUAUGAAAACAGAAAACACUGGCAGAGCGUAAAUUUGUACGACGCCAUGUUUACGGCACUUGUCCAGGACCGUGUGGAGUUUAUCCAGCUCUUUAUUGAUAGUGGAGUGGACCUCAAACGUCUCACAGUAUCGACGCUCUGGAACCUGUAUGCAAGUGUAAUCAAUGAGCCACCAGACAAUUGUGCUGAGUUGCUGAAGAGCCUUGUAUCCGUAUAUCAGCAAAAUCCCAUGAUCUGCUGUGGGUCCAGCGAAAAGGGGGAAACUCCAGAGGAUUUGUUGAAAAAGAUUGGUCGCCUACUACAAGACCUAUUAGGAGAACAGUUUACAGAUCUUUACAAAGGUCCUCAGUUCUUGCUGUCUAAGGCUAUGUCGAGCCAACCUUGGGGGCAAGAAGACGUAUACUUUGAAGAAAAAACAAAACCCGGUAAUCCUUGGAACAAAGGGAGGCGACAAAUUCGUAGGCAAGAGUUCGAACAUCCGGAGAGGGAGUUAUUCCUUUGGGCGUUACUGCUCAACCGGAGAGAGAUGGCCAAAUUCUUCUGGAGGACUGGCAAAGACCACAUAGGUGGCGCUAUAGUGGCGUCAACGUUGUUGAAGUCACUCUCCGUAGUGGCUGCUGAUGAAGAGGAGGCGGAGCUGUCAGAAACUCUUGUCGAACACGCAAAUUAUUAUGGAGAUGUGGCCGUCACUGUUCUGUCUGAAUGUUACAACAAAAACAAGCGUAUGGCACAUACUCUGUUAGUACGGGAGCUGAAGACAUGGGGAGACACGACUCUAUUUGCGCUAGCUCAAAACGGAGGGUUAAUGGACUUCAUGGACCACGCCUGCUGCCAGACAAAGCUCAACCUGAUCUGGAACGGCUGCAUAGCUCAACACACACCAUUCUGGAAGGUCAUACUUACAAUAGUUUGCCCAAUUUUGGUUCCUUUGGUGAAGUUUGCAGACAACGAGACAUCUAGAGCAGUUCAUGAUAACGACAGUGAAGAGCACACCGAUUCUAAUCCUACGGCACUUAACCGCGUCAUGCCUGACAACGGGUCAGGGGUUCAGUUUACUCAGUCUAGGACGGAACAGCAAAGGAAUCGCCGAGGAAAGAACUAUUUUUUUCAGGUGAUGUGCUGCAGAGAUGAUCUACGGUCGGGCUUAAACAUAGACUUCUGUAGAGCCAUGUUUUAUUUCUACACAGCGCCCGUGACCAAAUUUUACUGUAACAUGAUAGCUUACCUCAUAUUCUUGUGCCUGUUCACCUACUUCCUCUUAACCGACUUGAAUCCCAUGGUUACCAUCAGCUCGGUGUCUGUGGCAGAGUGGGUAACCUGGGGAUGGGUGGCCACUAUGAUCAUGGAGGAGUUCAGACAGAUUUUUGUCCGCACACCGAAAGUGGUAAAGUACAAGGUAAUAAGCUGGGGUCGGAGUUUCUGGAACCGCUAUGAUAUGUCGAUGUACCUGUUGUUGAUCGUCUCUAUCAUCCUUCGGUGUACUCUGUCAGAGAAGGACUUUGUCUGGGCCAGGAUGCUUUACUCUAUCACUCUCACCAUGUUUUACCUGCGAUUUAUGCAAACAUUCCAUGCUGAGAAAAACAUCGGCCCCAAAGUGAUCAUGAUCAAACUCAUGCUGACAGAUCUGGUAUUCUUCUUACUGAUCCUGUUUGUGUUUGUGGUCAGCUUUGGGACAGCCUAUCACGCCAAUCUAUACCCCAAUACCGAGUUAUCCUGGAACAUACUGAAGAAUGUUAUAUACAUCCCUUAUUGGCAGACAUACGGGAUCUACAAUCUGGAUGUCAUAGAAGGAAAAUUAGACAGUGACGAUUGCUAUUCAAAUUCCACUUUAAUCACGAGCGAGAAGUGUCCAGAGCAGACCUGGCUGGUGCCUGUGUUGACGGCAAUAUACGUUCUCCUUACUCACAUCCUGCUCGUCAACUUGCUGAUUGCAAUGUUCAGCUACACAUUUGGACGGGUACAGAAGAACUCUGAGAAGGUAUGGAGUUACUACAGGUUCUCCAUUAUCUUUGAAUAUUAUGACCGUCCAGCCUUCGUCCCUCCGUUGUCCUUACUGGUAUAUGUAUACCGUGUGUUCCGGUAUUGCUGUUAUGGGGGACUUCGUCAGUCAACCGCAUUCUGUCACCUGUUGACUCGUGAUGCUUACCAGCGGUAUGUGGCUAUGGAACGCUCGUCCACAGAGAAGAUCCUGACCCGAGCUCUCAUAGAGCAGAGGGAAGGGCUAGACAGCAAGGUCACAAGUACCUCCGACAGACUGGACCGUGUAAUGGCCGAGCUGGAAAACAUCAAGGAACAGAUUAAGGUUCAGGAACAGGGGUUGGCAGGCGCUCUGGUUCACGAAGAAACCAUUCCCUUUGGCAGACCAAAGCCAUCGGAAGAGCAGAAUGAUGAUGCGAUAAACCGCCGACUGAACGAAAUGCAGCAACAGCUGAGCACUGUGUUAUCCUUACUGACCCGGGAUGUGCCCGUAUCAAAAUAA